UCCUACAGAGAACAACAAAGAAAGAAACCAAGUAAGAAGAAGAAGGAGAAGAAGAGUAUUCAAAUGGCACCAAGAAGUUCUUUGAUCCGCUUCGCCUUCGUCUGCAUUGUCUUGGCCGUUUUGGUCAUGACUGCUGAGUCGCACAACGGAGUCAACCACGGUCCGGCUAAGGCUCCAUCGGCACAUGAACAUGGUCCAGGUGCUCAUGCUCCGUCUCCAAGUGCUGCCACUUUCUCUGCCUACCCUCAGCUCAUCGCCACCGCAUUGGUCGGUGCUAUGUCUUUCGUCUUCUGAGAUGUGUUGCAAUUCAUCUUCAGAAUGUUUUUCUCUUUGAGUUUUAUUGAUGAUUACUUUCUUGUGUCUUCCUUCUUUUUCUUUUGUUUCUUCAAAGAUUGUGAAGUUCUGUUCGUAUCAUAAUAAAAUAUUGUUAUCUUU